AAGCACCCUAAAAUUUGUUUUAAGAAAAUAAAAAGAAAAUGGUUUAAGCAUUCAAAAAAUAAUAAUAAUUGUUUUAAAAGCCGAAAUUUUUAGUUCUUUGGUUCUAAUUUUUCAAUUUUUUCCGUGUCCUAAAAAACGAAGUAUAUUAAACGUUUCCCUCCUCUAAGAAAUCUGAGUUGGAUUUCCGCUUCAAUCGCGAAUCUUCUUUCCUUCUGAGACACCAUUGGUGGAAGCCGCUUGCAAGUAAUUUUGAGGGUAGUGUGAGAAAAUUAAGGAAACCUGUUUCAACUGCUGCUGCUGCUUUGGAGGGUUAUUCUCUUUCUUGAUGCAACUUGAAUAAAGAUGGAGGAAAAACAUGAUGAAGUUGAAGAUGUUGACAGAGCCUCUAGUGGUUCUUUUAUUGUUGAUUCAGAUGAUGAUGAUGAACCAUCAACAUCUGGACAAGAUGAUGGGUUGCAUUUUGAGGAGCCAUUGACUGAGAAGGAAAUAGAAGAGCUGGUAUCUGAGUUUUUGGAAGUUGAGAGCAAGGCUGCAGAGGCUCAAGAAACACUUGAAAAGGAAUCUCUUGCUAAUGUGGAGAGUGAAGUGAGAGAGGAGCUGGCACAAACUCUUAAGGGGGAUGAUUUGGAGACAGCUGUAGCAGAUGAAAUGGCCACUUUUAUAGAGCAAUGGGAAGCUGUGCUAGAUGAGCUUGAAACAGAGAGUGCACAAUUGUUGGAACAACUUGAUGGGGCUGGUAUUGAAUUACCCAGCCUUUAUAAGUGGAUUGAGAGUCAAGCUCCAAAUGGUUGCUGCACUGAAGCUUGGAAAAGAAGAGCGCACUGGGUAGGAUCUCAGGUUACUAGUGAAACUGCUGAGUCUUUAGCUGAUGCUGAAAAGCAUCUUCAAACCCAGAGGCCUGUAAGGAGGAAACAUGGUAGACUAUUGGAGGAAGGUGCUAGUGGAUUUCUGCAAAAGAAGCUUUCUGAUGAUAUUAGCCAGGAGGCACCAACAGGGAAAUCGGACAUAGAGUGGAGCUCUUUCAUGAAAAUUUGUUCUAAUGGUUUACCUGAGGAUGAAACUGGUUUUGGCAGCAAGGACUGGGCUUCUGUCUACUUGGCCAGCACCCCACAGCAAGCUUCAUUAAUGGGACUUAAAUUUCCUGGAGUCAAUGAGGUGGAGGAGAUUGAAGAUGUUGACGGCAGUUCAGAUAAUCCACUGGUUGCAGAUGCCAUAGAAAAUGAGAGAGAGCUGAUUCUUUCUGAAGAGCAAAGGAAAAAUUUUAGAAAGGUCAAAGAGGAAGAUGAUGUAAAUAUUGACAAGAAAUUUCAGCUGCAUUUGAAAAAGACGAGACAUCGAAGGAGAUCUAAACAGGUAACGGAAAGCAAAUUAGAUCAGUCCCAGCCUUUAGAAGACAAUUCUAACUCAAUUUCAAACAAGGCAAAUAGAGAAGAGAGGGAAUGUAUGCCUAAUAAUGAGAAUGGGUUUGCUUGUCAGAUUUUGAAGGAUGAUGUGCUUGAAAGUUUUGAAUCAAGUAAACUGACCAGGACACAGUCUAGUCCUAAUGGCAUGUCCGAGGUAGAUAUGUCUGCUUCUGGAAUACCUGUUGGGUCCAAGCGUUCAAAUGAAGAUAUGGAGGCUAAUGAAAAUAAUAAGAAGGCACGGACUGUUAUCACAGCUAGUGAUGACGAAGCCAAUAUUACAGUGAAGGAUGACUUGAUUUCCUCCAAAUUGGAGGAUCAGCUUACUAUGCCCGGAAAAAGUGAUGCUGAUGUGGGUGUUGAAUCUAUUUCUUCAGAGUGUCUAACUGACAAGUUCAUUUGUACCGCUUGUCAUAAACUGGCUGUUGAGGUGCACCAACAUCCACUUCUUAAAGUAAUUAUUUGCAGGGAUUGCAAAUGCUUCCUGGAAGAGAAAAUGCAUAUGAAGGACUCUGAGUGCUCAGAGUGUUAUUGUGGAUGGUGCGGAAAAAGCAAUGACCUAUUGAGUUGCGAGUCAUGCAAAACAUUAUUUUGUACAAAGUGUGUAAGGAAGAAUAUUGGUGAAAAAUAUUUGCUUGAGGUCCAGGCCUCAGGUUGGCAAUGUUGUUGCUGCUCGCCAACUAUUCUGCAAAAAUUAACAUCAGAUUUAGAGAGAGCCAUGGGAUCUUCAGACACAACGGUUUCUAGUUCUGAUAGUGAGUCAGAGAACUCAGAUGCUGAUAUUAGUACUUCCGUCAGUUCUAAGCGAAAGCAAAAAAAGAAAAUUCGAAGGAUUCUCGAUGAUGCUGAAUUAGGAGAAGAGACAAAGAGGAAAAUUGCAAUAGAAAAGGAACGUCAAGAGCGCUUAAAAUCAAUGCAGUUUUCUGCCAAAUAUAACAUGAACUCUUCAAGCUGCAGUAGGAACUUAUUAGAUGAAGCUAGUGUAGAGGUGCUUGGUGAUGCCAAUACUGGUUAUAUAGUGAAUGUUAGGAGGGAGGAUGGUGAAGAAGCUGUAAGGAUUCCCCCAAGCAUAUCAGCGAAAUUAAAAGUCCAUCAGAUAGCUGGGAUUCGAUUUAUGUGGGAAAACAUUAUACAGUCAAUCACAAAAGUGAAGUCUGGGGAUAAGGGUCUUGGUUGCAUUCUAGCUCACACAAUGGGCCUUGGUAAAACGUUUCAGGUUAUAGCUUUCUUAUACACUGCAAUGAGAAGUGUUGAUUUGGGAUUAAAAACUGCACUUAUUGUCACUCCUGUAAAUGUGCUGCACAACUGGCGCCAGGAGUUCAUGAAGUGGAGACCUUCAGAAUUAAAGCCCCUCCGUGUCUACAUGUUAGAGGAUGUGCCAAGGGAGAGACGGGCAGAAUUGCUUGCCAAGUGGAGAAGGAAAGGUGGAAUUUUUUUAAUAGGCUAUACUGCUUUUCGAAACUUGUCUCUUGGAAAACAUGUGAAAGAUCGCAACAUGGCUAGAGAUAUUUGUUAUGCUUUGCAGGAUGGUCCUGAUAUACUAGUUUGUGAUGAAGCCCAUACUAUUAAGAACACCAGGGCUGAUACAACCCAGGCGUUGAAACAAGUGAAGUGUCAGAGGAGGAUUGCCUUAACUGGAUCACCACUUCAGAACAAUCUCAUGGAGUACUACUGUAUGGUUGAUUUUGUAAGAGAAGGUUUUCUUGGAAGCAGCCACGAGUUUAGGAACCGCUUCCAAAAUCCAAUAGAAAAUGGUCAGCACACAAAUUCAACGCAUGAAGAUGUAAAAAUUAUGAAUCAAAGGUCCCACAUCCUUUAUGAACAGUUAAAAGGAUUCGUUCAGAGGAUGGAUAUGAGUGUGGUGAAAAAAGACUUGCCUCCUAAAACUGUCUUUGUUAUUGCUGUAAAGCUUUCUCCACUACAGCGUAAGCUCUACAAGAGAUUCCUUGAUGUACAUGGUUUUGCAAAUGACAGACCUUCUAAUGAGAAAAUUAGGAAGAGCUUUUUUGCUGGGUACCAGGCCUUGGCUCAGAUAUGGAACCAUCCUGGGAUACUGCAAUUGAACAAAGAAGAUAGAAACUAUAUUAGUCGUGAAGAUGCUGCUGAAAACUUCCUUGCAGAUGAGAGCUCUAGUGAUGAAAAUGUAGAUUAUAAUUUGGGUGUAGGAGAUAAAACGAGGAGUAUGAAUGAUUCUCUGCAUGAAAAAAAUGAUUACGGGUUUAUUCAAAAGGGUUGGUGGAGAGAUCUUCUUCACCAAAAUAAUUAUAAGGAACUUGACUACAGUGGCAAAAUGGUUUUGUUGCUUGACAUCAUAACCAUGUGUUCAAAUGUGGGUGACAAGGCACUGAUUUUUAGUCAGAGCAUUCCAACUUUAGAUCUGAUAGAACUAUAUCUUUCAAGAUUACCUAGACGCGGAAAAAAAGGGAAGUUCUGGAAAAAGGGGAAAGACUGGUAUAGGUUGGAUGGAAGAACAGAAAGUUCUGAAAGGCAAAAGUUGGUUGAGAAGUUUAAUGAGCCAAUGAAUAAAAGAGUCAAGUGUACUUUGAUCUCUACCAGAGCUGGAUCUCUUGGGAUUAAUCUAUAUGCUGCAAAUCGUGUAAUUAUUGUUGACGGUUCUUGGAACCCUACAUAUGAUCUUCAAGCUAUAUAUCGGGCCUGGAGGUAUGGCCAGACAAAGCCGGUGUUUGCUUAUCGAUUGAUGGCACAUGGGACUAUGGAAGAAAAAAUUUAUAAGCGUCAGGUGACGAAAGAAGGUCUUGCUGCAAGGGUGGUAGAUAGACAACAAGUACAUAGGACUAUCUCCAAGGAGGAGAUGUUACAUCUGUUUGAAUUUGGUGAGGAAGAGAACUUUGAUACUUUGAUGGAACUUAGUGAAGAGAACGGAAACCAGAAUAUGGCUAGUGAAGUUGGAAAGUCACUGAACCCGAAGAUUCCUCUCUCCCAUGGAAGCUGUUCCUCUGACAAAGUAAUGGAAAGUUUACUUAGUAAACAUCAUCCAAGGUGGAUUGCCAAUUUCCAUGAACAUGAGACCCUUUUGCAAGAGAAUGAAGACGAAAAGCUCUCAAAAGAAGAGCAAGAUAUGGCUUGGGAAGUCUUUCGGAAAACCUUAGAAUGGGAGGAGGUACAGCGAGUAUCCCUUGAUGAAUCUGCAGCAGAGCGCAGGCCUGUUGUUCCUGAUGUGGCCCCUCCUCCUAAACCAGAGCCUGCGAUGAAUCACUUAACAAAACCCCAGGGUAUUUUCAGGAGUCGGAUUGUGCAACGAAAAUGUACUAAUCUUGCCCACUUGCUCACUCUCAGAAGCCAGGGGACAAAAUUUGGUUGUAGUACUGUAUGUGGGGAAUGUGCCCAGGAGAUAAGCUGGGAGGACUUAAAUAGGGACAGCAAAAUAGCAAGGUAACAAAGAUAAUGAUCAUUAUUUUUUCCUUCAUAGUAUGGUCAUUCCAGUGUAAUUUGUUGUGAUUGUACAUGACAACUUAUAUGAUGUCAGUUCAAUCCCCUUUUGAACACAAUACAUUCUUUCUGGGGCCCCUUCAUUUACAGUCAUUUUUGUGUAUGUUUCUUUGGGGGCAUGCUGAGGCCUGGGGUGUUGGAUUCAUGUUCUGAUUUGAUGAAGAUCAUGAAGGAAACCUUUUUUGAAAAUUUUGAAAGGGCACACAGGUAGGAGGCAUUGAGAAUUUGGACUGGCUGGAAUUUGCCCUCUGUUAAUCUGAGUUCUAAUAUAUAUUUUAUUGAAAUGAGUUCAUUAAA